AUGGCCUCCUCGUGGUGCUGGAAUUGCCUCUCGAGGCUUCGCCCGACGCCGCGAGCACUCCUCACUCCGCCGUCCGCAACGCCCCGGAUUUCGAGCGCUCCCUUCCACUCCACCGCCGUGCACUAUGCCCAGCCGGCUAAGAAGAAGGGAAACAGCUUGACUGUCAUGAAGCACAGACAGUCAACCAGCUUGAGAAGGAAGAAGAAGAAGGUCACUGAACGCUCGCGUCCACCUGCCGUGGGUGAGCGCAAGGCUAUGCGGAAACGCAUUGUCCUGAGCAACCCCAAUGCUCUCGAGAUUGAGGGCAUGUUGGAUCUUUCCCCGGAGACCAUGGUUGACUCCCGUCUCCGUGGUAGUGUUCUGGGAUUGCCUGUGCCCAUGAUCGAUCAAUUGAGAGCAGUGCAAGCGUUCAAGCCUAAGCAGGGUUGGUCGAUAUUCCGCCGGCCUGGAACCGUCCUUCGCCGUGAUACCAUUGAGAUGGGUCGUUUGUUCGAGGAGAUCUCUGCGGAGGGCGAGAAUGCCCAAAAGGGCAAGGUUGUCAAGAAGAUUAUCACUGGUAUGCAGGGUUCUGGCAAGACUGUGCAUCUGCUCCAGGCUAUGGCUAUGGGCUUCCUGAAGAAGUGGGCUGUAGUCACCAUUCCUGAUGCCCGCGAACUCGUGUCCGGUAGCACCGCCUAUGCCGCCAUUGAAGGCUCCAACCCUGUACAAUAUGUCCAGCCUACCGCGACUUCCGAACUGUUGACUCGCACUGUCGAGGCCAACCGAGAGCUCCUGGCUAGCUUGAAGGUCUCCCAGAACCACCCUGCUCUGAAGAUGCUGAAGCCAUCCUCGACCCUCGAGGACCUCGCCAAGCUUGGUUUCAGCGAUCCCGCUGUCUCAUGGGCCGUCUUCCAGGCUCUGUGGACCGAGCUGACCGCUACUGCCCCUGCUGCUGGUUUGGAGAAGGACUUCCAGCCCCGUCCUCCCAUGCUCGUUGCUGUGGAUGGUCUCGCCCACUGGAUGACCGAGAGUGCCUACCGCUCCGCUGAAUACAAGCUGAUUCACGCCCACGACCUCGCCUUCGUGAACCACUUCCUUUCAUUGCUGAAGGAAGGUGAUUCCCUGAAGAACGGUGGUCUCCUCCUUUACGCCACCUCAUCCUCCAACAACCCUAACCCCAAGGGUCUCAAAAUUGCCCUGGAUCGUCUGGCUGCCCGCCAGGCUGGUAUUAGCGCCUCUUCGCCGGAAUACCCUCAGCCAGCAGCCUACAGCGAUGCCGACCCUCGCGUCCUGGAUCUGCUCAAGCCCGAGGAGAAGGCUGUUAGCCCCGUUGAGUUGCAGACACUCGGUGGUCUCACUCGUGAGGAGGCUCGUGGCUUCAUGGAGUACUUCGCCCACAGUGGUUUGCUGCGCGAGGUCAUCAACGACCAGUGGGUGAGUGAGAAGUGGAGCUUAUCUGGCGGCGGUAUCAUCGGCGAGCUGGAGAAGCUCGGCCGUCGUGUUCGCACCACUGCAUCUGCCUCUAAAUAA